AUGUCAAAAGAAGAAAUAAGUCGUAAAAAGCGAGUUAGAGGUGGACAUAGAACUUCAGUCAAGCGCCUUAUAUCCAUGGCGGACGAAUAUCCCAAAAUACCAGAUUUUGUGCCAAAGUUUGAGGCUACAGUAUCAACCCUUCAAGAAAAGGAAGUUAUCCUCUGUGACAUUAAUAAUGAUCUGCUUGCCCUCGUCAACGAAGAUGAAAUAGAGGACGAAAUUGGACAAGCAGAUGAGUAUUCAGAAUUAAUUCGCACAGCCAUUGCCAAUAUUAAAAUGUCCAUAGCUAAAUUAACUAUUUCAACCCAAAUUACUCAACAAAUACAACACAAUCAUCAUGAUACAAGCCAGGUUCACACCACAUAUGAUAACCAUUCUAAUCAUUCCAAUUCAAGGAGCAAAUUGACCUGUUGA